UCUCGUUUUUUUCCCCCUCUUCCUUUUAUUCUUCUAGAGGUGCUUUUGGAAAUAGCAGACCUCCAUGUAUGACAAUUUGUACCUGCAUGGAUUUGAAGACUCGGAGGCGGGCUCAGCUGAUUCCUACACAAGCAGACCAUCGGACUCAGAUGUCUCUCUGGAGGAGGAGCGGGAGGUGCCGGGGCAGGUCCAGGGCCAGAGCCCGAGCCAAGGGGGCCCGGGGACCCAGGCCCCGGCCCAGACCCGAGAGCAGAAGGAGCAGCAGGCCACCGUGCAGCUGGAGAGAGCCAAGGCUAAAGCCGUGGCCUUUGCUGUGAAGACCAACGUCAGCUACUGUGGAGCAUUGGACGAGGACGUGCCGGUGCCAGCAACCGCCAUCUCAUUCGAUGCUAAGGACUUCCUUCACAUAAAGGAGAAGUUCAACAACGACUGGUGGAUCGGCCGGCUGGUCAAGGAGGGCUGUGAGAUCGGCUUCAUCCCCAGUCCCCUAAAGCUAGAGAACAUCCGCAUCCAGCAGGAACAGAAGAGAGGGCGAGUCCAAGGUAAGUCUGGAGGCAAUUCUUCCUCAAGUGUAGAGGAUGAGGUGUCCGCCUCGAUCAGACCCCUUAUCUCCUCUGCAGGAAAGCAGAAACAAAAAGUGACUGAACACGUCCCCCCUUAUGACGUGGUGCCAUCCAUGAGGCCUGUGGUGCUGGUGGGGCCCUCCCUCAAGGGCUAUGAGGUGACGGAUAUGAUGCAGAAAGCACUCUUUGACUUCCUCAAGCAUAGAUUUGACGGCAGGAUAUCUAUCACACGAGUCACAGCAGAUAUAUCAUUAGCCAAGAGGUCUGUUCUGAAUAACCCCAGCAAGCGGGCCAUCAUCGAGAGAUCAAACACCAGGUCCAGUUUAGCGGAGGUGCAGAGUGAGAUAGAGAGGAUCUUUGAGCUGGCCAGGUCCCUACAGCUGGUGAUCCUGGACGCAGACACCAUCAAUCACCCAGCCCAGCUGCUCAAGACCUCGUUGGCUCCCAUCAUCGUCCAUGUCAAGGUCUCCUCGCCCAAGGUUCUGCAGAGGCUGGUCAAGUCCAGAGGGAAGUCCCAGAGCAAGCAUCUGAACGUACAGCUGGUGGCAGCUGACAAACUGGCCCAGUGUCCUCCGGAGAUGUUUGACAUCAUCCUGGAUGAGAACCAGUUGGAGGAUGCGUGUGAACACUUGGCUGAGUAUCUGGAGGCCUACUGGAAGGCCACACACACCUCCAUGGCCACGCCGCUCAACCCCCUGCUGGGACGCAACCUGGGCCCCACCGCCCUCACUCCUUACCCCACCACCAUCUCUGGACUGCAGGAGGUGAACCAGCAGACUCAAAGAAUAAGACAACACAGCAACCACACGGGAGACCACUCCACGCCCAACGAGCGUCGCAACCUAAUGACCGCAGACGAGAACUACCACAACGAGCGGGCGCACAAGGGACGCAACCGCAUGUCGUCGGGCUCACAGCACAGCCGAGACCAAGACCCGUACCACCAGGACUACCAGGACCCCUACCAAGACUCCUACAAGCCCCACCGCAACCGCUCCUCCCCGGGCAGCUACAGCCACGACUCCCGGCACAGGCUUUGAGCCCGAAUGACGUCCCAGCUUCACAACCCUUAUAGGCCUCAAGUCAACUCUCUGGUGGCAACAGAGUCAAAAUGGUUCCUGUUCAAAAUAUUGUGUCCAAUUCUGUUGUUUUCGAUUAUUUGUUUUACUUCAGGCGUUAGAUGAGGAGUAGUCCCGCCCUCCUGAACAAAACCUCCAAUCACCUCUCAUUCCCAUUCUGUCUCAGUCUUGCCUUGGCACUGGCAGGGACCCCUGUUAAGCAAUGUGGUCAGGAUGAGGAAGAAGGAUAUGAUGCUAAUGCUACAUAACUGAGUUAAUACAAGUCAUAUGACUGAGUUGCUUUUCCUCACAAGGGGACUUUCCUAGUUCCUGUGUUCUCCACACAAAGAGAUGGGUGGAAGAGGAAAGUAGUAUGAGAUUUGGACUUUGCUAAGCUAACAACGAGCUAAGCUAUUUUAGCUAGCGGGUACCCACAACCCCCCCAUUAGUCGCCAUAGCAAGUGGUGGAGUCACUGCUGAAAGCUGGUGGUCUUACCCCAAGAGUCCCCAGACCGUUCAGUUGUUUGCAUGCUGACUGAGAGAGUUUCGCUAGUAUCGUCAAUAUAUUCACUUACAGUACAUGUCUGUUGUCAUGGGGAGUUGUAUACGUAGACCUGCCCCACCAUGACUGGCAGUGGUAUUUUUCCAGACCUUUACUGAUUCCUGAGAGGAGCAUGUGGAGUAUUUGGUUGUUUUGUUAACAAGUGCUUUCACAUGUCAGAUACUGUAUGUGCCAUUUGAACAGCUGUCUAGCUUGGCCUUUCUUCGGCAACAGUCGAUACUUUGCGUAUCUCAGUAUUUUUCGCUGCUCUGAUUCAGUUGUGUCAGAGACUCAUAGAGGUAUUAUAACAAGAAGCAGGGGUGUCAAACAAUCAGAGUUCGCCUCAUCUCUGGCCAGCCUUGUGAUUGGUUGACCGUCCAUGCUGCUUCCUGUGUUUCUCUCUGGCCAGCCUCUUGAUUGGAUGACUGUCCAUGCUACUUCCUGUGUUUCUCUCUGGCCAGCCUUGUGAUUGGUUGACCGUCCAUGCUGCUUCCUGUGUUUCUCUCUGGCCAGCCUCUUGAUUGGAUGACCGUCCAUGCUGCUCCACUAACGUUGGAUGGUGUCUUCCCAGGGUCCUUUGCAUCAUGAUCAUUGAUUCUCUGUGUAGCUGGCAUGUUUUCCCUGACUUGAAAAAGUAAUGUUCCCUUUGGUAGUAAUAUCCCUGUGUAAAAUAGAGGGUGUGUAAAGAGGGAGAGCACACAUUGGUGCAAAAUAGGUGCAGUCUAAUUACUUGAGAGUGGGUUAUCUGAACUUUUGGGGGGUAUUUAAAUACAUGAACAUGGAAAUGAAAUAAAUUAAUUUGGUUAGUUUAUUUCUAGCAACAAAUUUUUUUCAGUAAUUGUGGGUUUUUGGAGUUUUUGUUGAGAUGAGAAGCAUGCAGUUGUACCCAAGGGGGGUCGGUGACUAGUUGCAUUGGCUCGCCGAUCCAAUGCCUAGGCUUUAGUUUUGUGGGCUAAUACACACUUUUGGCGUGCAGGAGUCCCAGGUUCGAACCCGGUCGGUCACAGAGACACAACCACCCUCCAGGACCAGGGUUUUCCCUGCGGUGGAUAGGUCAUCUAAACUGGAGCUUUGACCAUGAUGGAGAUGGUGGUCCCUCCCUGUGCAUCCUGGGAGAGUGAGUUCUUGGGGCAGCGUAUUCUGAGACAUUGUUAGAGAGAUGUGCAGAGUUAACUUGUUAUAGCUGUCUUUUAGUGUAAUUCCCUCCAAUAGAGUCGAAGGUACUGUAGUGACAUUUGUAGCACCCGCAGCAGGUGGUGCCUUAACAUCCUAGAGCCAGUUGAUUUCCUUGCUCAUAUCUAUGUCUCUUAUGCUAGUUUGUUCACUGACUGAAAACAAUAGACUGAAAAAGGAACAAAAGAAUACAAGUACAUCUGCUGUUGUUUAUGAGCUUCUCUGUCAUAUUGUGAUUCAGGCCAAAGUGAGUGUUGGCUGAUUGAAUGGGGAGUUACUCACUGUUCAUUAAAAACCAGAACCAAGAACCAGAACCAAGAUUCAGCUCUGUUGCUUGAGACAAUCAGAGGGAUUUUCUAGCCCAUUGACCUCUGUCCCACCAGUCUGUGAGGGUUUGGUAACUUAAGGUUGGGUUACUGCUACUGGGUGUAGCAUGUCUUAGCCCUUUUUGAAACAUUGGGGGAUCUCCUUUUCUAUUAACAAUUAAUUAACUGAAUUCCAAUAGAUUUUCUGAAUUGACUGGAAAUGACAAUUUACCUCUCUCUUUUUCCUAUGAAUGCCCUGGAAAGAAAACAUUUGUUCUUUGAAUGGUGUAGAUAUAAUUUCUAAAGGUCUCUGUUACCGAUCUGAAAAAAAAGCACGUGUCCUGUACUCUUCUUUUGUCUUCUUGUAAGAAAUUAAGAGGCUACAUUUUUGCCUCUAAAUUAAGUUGAAUUACAAUUCUCAUUAUUUGAUUAAAUAACAUGGGUUUAAACUCAACCAGACCAUUUAAAACAAUUAAAUGUUUUUUUCUUUGGUAAAAAUGUACAAAAGAUAAGAAAAAAUCAAAAAUGUAUCUCAAUAUAGGAAAAAGUAAAAGAUACAUCUUUGCUGGUGAUUAUUUUUAUAAUAAAUACAUACAUGUACAUAAUGUCUUUGAGAGAUGCUAUUUGCUGUAUACUUGCAUUCUCAUUAAAAAACUACGAUCCUCGACGGGAUAACCUGGAACAACAAACGUUUCAGUAUACAAAAAUGUCAGUAUACUAAAGUUUCAGUAAUGUGCAAUACAAAAAGCAUGCUGUUUUAAAAUGAGGAAAUUCCAUGUACUAUGCAACCGCAACCAUGUACAUCGCUUCAUGCUGUGACUAAUUCUCCAACUGUCCUUUUCCAAGCAGCUUCAUCAGAACUCUUUAAGGACAUUUUGUGUUGAUACUUUUUGUGGAAGACGAACAACUCAACGGCUAAUGCGGUAUUGCAUGCAUAAUGUACCAUUUUAAUUUAUUAAAACGAAUGAAAAUAAAAUAAUGUGAAACGCGA